CGCCGGGGCUGCCGCGGCGACACGCUGACCGUGUCCAAACGCUGACCGGGUGUAGACCGUUCUGGUCGACAGGUUCCCCAGGCUGCCAGGUCUUGCAGUCUAGCAACAAUUCACAGUUCGGCGGGGAGCACCACAAGCCGCUCGCACGCCAUCUGGCCAUCCGUAGCACUUCCUGCUCAUACGAUGAAGUAUGAUCUCAGCUGCUUUGUCAUGAGAGAUCAAUUCAGCGUCUGAGCAUCAGACAGUUGUUUGCGAAUCCGAUUUGCUUGGGAGCAUCAUGGGCGGUCUGCAUGUGCUGUUCCUUGUGGCGCUUCCAGGUUCUGCUUCAGGUUUCCGCACCUCCCUUGAGCUGAGGCCGCAGCUGUCGGCUGCGGGGCAUGCGGGGAGUCCGUGCAGAGGCGGGGGCUGGCUGUUUUCCGACGGCUGCCCCGCGGAGCAGGUAACGGACCUCGAGGGGAAGCGAAUACGCGUGGCGUUGAGCUGCCUCAAGAUCGGCAGCGGGAAGCCUGACGAAGUGGUCGGCUGGAACGAGGAAGGGGAAUGCUUCAUUCCAAGGGGGAAGCAGUGCGACGAGGACGGUCAAUGUCGGAAGGGAACAUCCUGCGUAUUGGACGCGGGUGGAGAUGCGUACACGUGCCAGGAGAUCGCCGCUGGCCAUUCUUUCGGCGAUGAAAGUGCCGACGAGGUUGCCGCCCACGUGGCCGUGAUAAUCCGAUCCAUGGCUGAGGGCAUGUUGAACUCUGAGCUCCUGGCUGGCGUGCGAGCUCCUGGUGGGUUUGUGGAUGAAAGGUCUGGCACCAUAUCUCCUUAUGCAGCAAGGCCACCACUUGCAAGGCAGGUGCUUGCCGAGGUGGCGAGGUCUUUCUCGAGCGCCAGGGUGAAGGGAGAGGAUGCCGCGUCGCGCUCGGGCUCACUCUUUGUUGUCUCGGGAGACGGCCGGUUUCUCGCGAAGAGCGUCAGAGAGCAGGAGUACGAGGAGUUCGCUGACCGCCUCGUGGGCCCCUUGGCUCGCCAUGCCGAUCUUGCAAACGCGGCGUGUCAGCCUGCGUCCCUGGAUGCUUGCUGGGCGGAGGCGGCGCUCGAUCGCACAUCCCUGAACAUACCCGUGCUGGCGUUCGUGCACGAUGACCGCUACUGGGUGGUGAUGCCAGCGAGCGCUCAGUUGCGCGGGCUUGCAAUUUCGCGUUCCACGGCAGACCUCCAGCCGUUGGGUGCAGCCACAUACUACGACGUGAAGCCCCUCCCAGCGAAGAGCGCAGCACGCGAGGAUUUGGUUCAGACGCUUGCAGCGUUGGGCAUGAACCCGACAGCGCCGGCUGCGAGCACUGAGAUGCGGGCGCAGUGGGCAGCACUGCAGGAAACGGUGGCAGGCGACCUGGAGUUUCUGUCCCAGGAGGGUUCCGCCGACGCUCCCUUGAUCGACUACUCCUUUUUGUUCGAGGUCUACGCGCCCGGCCAGAGGGUCGACAUGGAGGGCAGGCACUGCCUCGAGGCGCCGUCGUGCUUCGGCGAGGACCCGGCCGCUUGCCGCGUGCUCUGCGUGUCGAUCAUUGACUUCUUCACCAGGUUUACGCUGAAUCGAUGGCUGGAGAGCUGGUGGAAGCGGUUCAAAUUCCAUGACUAUGCAGAAAAGGCAAAGGACUUGUUCGAAUGCCCCCUGAGCCAGAGGUUUCCCUCACCGGGUGGCAAAGGCAGUGACAUGGUGAUCAAACCUCUGCAUGAUACAUUUGUCGAAGUGGUGGCCAGCGUCAAGUGGACCGAGCCAUACAGAGCGUCUGCUUGCCAACCCUACCAGGAAAUGGCAUGCAAAGAUGUUGUCUGGAAGGUCUUCGAAGAAGAAGAUUGUUUGCCACCUUUUUCAAAACCUCGAAACUGCUUUAACGCGACGUGUACAUUCCGAGUCGAGGCGCAUUAUUUGGACCAGUGUGGUUCUUGGAUGCACGAGUGGUGCCAGAAGAAGAUCUAUGACUACAAUUCCGCGCUGGACGAUGAUGACGACGACUGACCUCCCAGCAAGGCUACUGACUGGUCAAAGCGAAUUGCCAACACAAACUUCGAAAUGACCGGACAACACAAAAACGACGCCGCUUGCACGCCGUUUCGACAUGCCAUUGCUUCGG